GGAACGGGGGCAUGGAGGGGAGGGAGAGGUGGGCUGGCCCCGCCGGCGCCAUGUGAUGCCCUCUCCUCCCCGGGCUCUCCCGGCGCGGCGCGGAGCGGAGCAUCCCCGGGGCCGCGGCCGCGUCCCGCCCGGAGCAGCCCCCGCGGGGCCGGGCAGGAGCCGCCAGCACGUGGAUGCAGAGACCUGCCUGCCAUCUGCCUGUCCCUGUGCCCCAGCACCCUGCAGCCCUCCCGUGGGUCAGUCAGAGGGGGAGAGCUGAGGCUGUGCCCUCCCUUCAGGUCCUGCCUGUUUCCAAAGCCAUCCCACUCCCAGCUCCUCCCAGACCAUCCAGCAGCUGAAGCCUCCAGUGAGGAGCCUCAUCCUUGCAGCUGAUCUGCCAGAGCUGCUCUUCCCACCUGCAGCCCCAUCACACCUUCUCCACUUGCCAAAGCAUCGCUUCAGCUGGGGCUAACAGAGAAUUUGAUACUCUUCCAGCACCAUUCCCUGCUUUUCUCUCAUAUCGAUGCCCUGAGCAGUGAGCUGGAGGGGCACACAGACCUUGGAUGCUGCAUCUGUUCAGGAAAUGCCUUUCUUUGGACUCCACGGGCUUGGCAGCUCCUCGCGGCGCCGCCGGUGCCGGUGGCGAUGAGCGCCUGCAGCAGGAAGGCGCUGACCCUGCUCAGCAGCGUGUUCGCCGUCUGCGGCCUCGGCCUCCUGGGCAUCUCCGUCAGCACCGACUACUGGCUCUACCUGGAGGAGGGCAUCGUCCAGCCCCAAAACCAGACGGCCGAGAUCAAGCUCUCGCUGCACUCGGGGCUCUGGAGGGUCUGCUUCCUGGCAGGUGAGGAGCGUGGCCGGUGCUUCACCAUCGAAUACGUCAUGCCCAUGAACAUCCAGCUGACGUCUGAAUCCACAAUCAAUGUCCUAAAGAUGAUCCGCUCUGCCACCCCCUUCCCUCUGGUCAGCCUCUUCUUCAUGUUCAUCGGCUUCAUCCUGAGCAACAUCGGCCACAUCCGGCCUCACAGGACCAUCCUGGCCUUCGUCUCGGGGAUAUUCUUCAUCCUCUCAGGUCUGUCACUGGUGGUGGGGCUGGUCCUCUACAUAUCCAGCAUUAACGAUGAGAUGCUCAACAGGACCAAAGACUCGGAGUCGUUCUUCAAUUACAAAUAUGGGUGGUCCUUUGCCUUCUCUGCCAUCUCCUUCCUUCUCACAGAGAGUGCCGGGGUGAUGUCUGUCUACCUGUUCAUGAAGCGCUACACGGCCGAGGACCUGUACAGACCCCACCCUGGCUUCUACCGGCCCCGCCUGAGCAACUGCUCCGACUACUCGGGGCAGUUCCUGCACCCGGACGCGUGGGCGCGGGGCCGCAGCCCCUCGGACAUCUCCAGCGAGGCGUCCCUGCAGAUGAACAGUAACUACCCAGCCCUGCUCAAGUGCCCCGACUACGACCAGAUGUCCUCGUCCCCGUGCUGAGCCCCGCGCCCGCUCCGCCGGCCGCCGCGCCCCAACGCCGUUUGUCGUUUUUUCAGGCCGCUCUUUCUGGCCAAUUCUCUAUUUAUAGGAGCGUAAAUAUAACCAGAGGGAUUGGUUAUAUAACCAAUAGUGUAACCUAGAGAAUUGGGAUGUUUCCCUUUCUUUGUUUUUUGGGUUGUUUUAUUCCUCCCUGCAUAACUAAGAAUCUCUCCAAAGUCCUCCUCUCUCGGCUCAUCCCGCUGAGCAAACAGCAGUUCUGCCUGGGGGAUAAAUCCAGGGCUGAACUCGAGAGCAGGAAAAAGAAAAUAGAGUAGAACUAAGGAAAAAAAGGUGUAUUUUUUUGGUGUAGGUAGGUAGACUGAUAAAGUUUGUGCAUUCGACUGUAUCAUUGAAUUCUAUAUUUACUGGUCUGAGCACCAGCAGCCAUAAAAGAUUUGUGUAACUUUCCAAGAAACAACCAGCAUUAGAAAAAUAUAGAUUUUGUCUUGACUGAACACUUACUGGUUGGUAUCUCUCACUGCCAGGCUGGAAUGGGAAAUAGCCAUCCUUCCAUGAGACCUCAGCAGGCUUGGACACCAGCAGGUUGUUGUUCCUCUAUGGCCACUUGCAAACAGUUGCUUCAAUAUCCCAUGUUAGACUGGAGGCACUCUGGGGAGCCGGGCUGGAGGGAUGCCUCCAAACUUCACCCAAAUUUCCUCUGCUGUCCUACAGACAGGAAGCCUGAAGCAUAAAUGGGAGAAUUUCAGCGCAGCAUCAGGUGGAAAACAACCUAAACCUUUCCCAUGGGAAACACACAUGCAGGAUUUAGAGGAAAGAAGUUAUUUCAGUGAGAGGCAAGAACCCAAACUUGUGUAAAGUGAUGUAGCUGAGAUCAUUGAUACAAGUCCACUGCAACAAAGUAGUUGGCUUAUUUUACAUUUUGGCAAGAAAAUGGUAUUCACUGUUUUGGUUGGUUUUUUUUUUUGGUUUUUUUUUUUCUUUUUGUUUGUUUGUUUGUUUGUUUGGGGGUUUUUGGGGGGUUUUGUUGUUGUUUUGUGUGUGUGUGUUUAUUUUGAGGUUUUAAGUUUGAAAAUUUCAUUUGAUGCUUUGGCAUUUUGGCCUUAGCCUGCUGCCAGGGGAAAACACCACUGCCACUGAUGGGAAACAAAGGGCAGGGAAGGAAAAGGCUGUGAUCCCUCUAGUGAGCCCCAGCUUGUCACCUUGCAGGAAAAAGAGCUUUGCCCAAACUUUAUUUCUGUUCUUUUUAUUUUAAACCUUUCUGAAAAUUUCUGUUCUACAAAACAAAACUGUCUGGGCAUUCUUGGUACAUUUGAGCUUGUUUUGUCUUACCGUUAAUUAAAAGAAAUAGAAGAUAUGCAGUUUUAACCUUAUUUGUAGCACACUGCAAAUGAAUGUUGGACCUCUUAGUUGUUAUUAAUAUUAUUAUUUAUUAUUUGCUAUUAAAUAUUUAUUAUUUAGAAACUCCUCCAAA